AUGUCAGAGUCAGUAUUGAUGACCGUCCAAAGGGAUAUUUUGUAUAAUGAUUUUGUGAACUCAAUCAUUAGCUAUUGUGGACUAAAUUGUCAACCAAAUGAUCUUGUCAUCAGUUACAUGCACAAGUCUUUUGAAAAUCAGAGGGUCCUGCCUUUUAAGAUAAGCAAUCAACUUCGUUUGAGUGCUUAUUUGAGUGAUGCAACUCUAUCUGUUUUAAGGGUGUACGUUGUUGAAAAACCGAUAGAGAAUGAAAAUGUAGGACAAGACCAACAAAAUCUGUUAAAUGAUGAAUUGAAUGAGAUGAACAUGAAUAUUCUAGAUGAUGAGAUUGGACAUGAUGUGGAGGAGGACCAAACACCUACACUUAUUGUUGAUGUAAGGGACAGUUCUCAGUUAAAACAGUUGAACAAUCUUCAAGAUGAUGAGACAGGUUUUUACAUAGGAAUGACAUUCAAGAACAAAGACGAACUAGUCACUUCAUUGCAUAUUGCUUGCUUGAAAAAAGAUUUCAGACUUGCAAAGGUGAUUAAUUCGCGUAGUGUGUAUUGUUUUAAAUGCGCAUAUCCAGAGUGCAAGUGGUGGUUGAGGGCUGUGAAAUUCAAAAGUUCUGACAGAUUUUGUAUUAAAAUUUAUAAAAAGUAUCACACAUGUGGUUCAGAGCAUAUUACGAGUCAUAAUCCACAUGCCACAGCAAAAGUCCUUGGUAAAUACUUCAAAAAUAGCUUUCCUAAUGGUAAAGGUCCAUCUACAAGAGAUAUGACCAAUAAACUCCGUACAGAAUUGGGUUGUAAGGUGAGUUAUUGGAAGAUAUAUAAGGGUAGGGAGAUUGCAAAGUCUUUGGUUAGGGGAACACAUGAGCACGGGUAUGGAGUGCUUGAUGCAUACCGCUAUAUGCUUGAGUCCGCAAAUCCAGGAAGUAAGACGGCAUUGCAGGUUGAUGAAAAUGGAAAGUUCAAGUACUUUUUUGUAGCCUAUGCGGCUUGGAUUCAAGGUUUUCAACAAUUGAGAAAAGUCAUAGCCGUUGAUGGGACAUUCUUGAAGAGCAAGUAUGAAGGAGUUUUACUAUCGGCGAUGGCGCAAGAUGCAGAGAAUCAUAUUUUUCCAGUGGCUUUUUGUGUAGUGGAUAAAGAAUGUGAUUCCUCAUAUCAAUAUUUUUUUGAACAAAUGAGAAGUUAUGUAGAUGAUACCGAUGAGCUGUGCAUAAUUUCUGAUAGGCAUUCAAGUAUUCGAAAGAUGGUUUCAAUUGUGUAUCCAUCAGCUCAUUAUGGUUGUUGCAUGAGGCACCUUGGAGAAAAUAUUCGAAACAAUUUUCACAAUGCAAAGGUCGUAUCUCAUUUUUAUAAUGCAGCGAAAGCGUACAAUAAAGUUGAGUUCUAUGACCAUUUCAAUCAGAUAAGGGAUAUGGUACCCAAAGCAGCCGAACAUCUCGAAUCAGUGGGAUUUCAUAGAUGA